AUGGUGACCAGAUCGCACCCAUUUGACCCUAUCACCCCGGAGGAGAUCAAGCUUGCUGUGCGCAUUCUUGAGGCGACUUUCCCCGGCGUGUCUUUGCGCUAUAAGCGAAUUGACGUGAAUGAACCUAUCAAGAAAGAUGUUAUACCAUAUAUUGAGGCCGAGCGGUUGCGGCGACCAUUGCCCAACCCACCUGCUCGCCUUCUUUACACCUUGUUCCACCGCCUGGACACUGGCGCAUUCUACAAGGCCAUUCUGAAUGCCGAUACGCGAACUAUCGUUUAUGCGAAAGAACUUCCACGCGAGGUGCAGGGACCGAUUGACCCGGAUGAGAUCGCAGAGAUCGAGGCAAUGUGUAUGAAACACCCUGCUGUGAUUGCCGAAAUUGAGAAAAUGCAACUACCCCCCGGAGUGACAGUUUGCAAUGACCCUUGGAUGUACGGCACCGAUAACGAGAACGAGACACGACGGCUCUUCCAAUGCUUCAUGUAUCUGAUCUCCGUGGACCACCCUCAACACAACCACUACUCCCUACCAUGCAAGUUCUCGCCUGUUUUCGACGGCCUCACCCACGAGCUUAUCCGAAUGGAUUAUCUCCCUGGUAAUGGAGAUGCCGAGACUCAGCAAACUCAACCUUGGAAGCCUGUCGAGGCGAUCCAGUACGCUCACGAUAUCCUCGAUGAACCUAUUCGCACCGACCUUAAGCCUUAUAUUGUACAGCAGCCCGAGGGCCCAUCCUACACCGCGAAUGGAAACUCUGUCUAUUGGCAGAAGUGGCGUUUCCGCGUUGGAUUUAAUAUUAGAGAAGGUCUUGUCAUGUAUAACAUCACCUACGACAACCGGAAUGUAUUCUAUCGUCUUGCGAUCUCGGAGAUGACGGUUCCAUAUGGAGAUCCUCGUGCACCAUACCACCGUAAGCAGGCGUUCGAUGUCGGUGAUACUGGAUUCGGUAUGAAUGCCAAUCAAUUGUCUCUCGGAUGCGACUGUCUGGGUCAUAUCAAGUACUUCAAUGGAUACCGAAAUGACUGCAAGGGAAAUCCAGUACAACUGAAGAAUAUCAUCUGCAUGCAUGAACAAGAUAAUGGAUUGCAACACAAGCAUACGAAUUAUCGAUCUGGCGCUGCCACAGUUGUGCGCAAUCGACAGUUGGUUUUGCAGAUGAUCUGUACAGUUGCCAACUACGAGUACAUUUUUGCAUACAUCUUUGAUCAGGCUGGCAAUAUCGAACUGGAGGUUCGCGCCACUGGCAUUCUCUCCACUGUUCCAUUUGAAAAUGAGAAUGGCCAGACUGUUCCUUGGGGCACCAAUGUGGGACCUGGCGUCAUGGCCCCUUUCCAUCAACACAUGUUCUCCUUCCGGAUCGACCCUGCUAUCGACGGAUUCAAGAACACGGUCUACUAUGAAGACAGUGUGCCAAUGCCAGAGGAUGAGAACAAUCCUUGGCUGGUUGGAUACACGACUGAGCCUACUGUGAUGGGCACUUCCGGCUGGGCAAAUACCAGCGUUGACCGCCACCGCGUCUUCAAAAUUCGCAACGAUAAUAUUAAUAACCCUGUCACUUAUAAGCCGGUCUCUUACAAACUCCAGACCGCACCGAGCCAGAUGCUGCUGGUCAACAAAAACUCACUGGGCUACCGUCGAGCUGAAUUUGGCACGAAGCCUAUCUGGGUGACCAAAUACCAGGAUGAUGAGCUGUAUGCUGCUGGAGAAUUCACCAACCAGAGCCGACGCGCCGAGGGAGUCGAGACCUGGAUCCAGCGCAAAGAUAAGACCGAGAACGAGGACGUGGUGCUCUGGCACACUUUUGGUCUUACCCACAACCCUCGUAUCGAAGAUUUCCCUGUCAUGCCUAUGGAGCGUGUCAGUGUCAUGCUGAAGCCUGACGGGUUCUUCACCAAAAACCCUGCUUUGGAUGUACCGCAAUCCGCCCAGUCCUUCAACAAGUCUACUCUCCACCCUGAGGCGACUCAGAAUGCCUGCUGCGCUGGUCCUUCCACUCCAAGCAAAGCUAAGCUGUAUAAGCGGCUUGACUAA